AUGAGGUAGAGAAAAUACUAAAUACUAGUUUGAAAUGUCUGUUGACUUCAGAAGUAUAUCUCAGGAUCAUCAAUUAUUGAUAGGCGGAAACUUCAAAGAACACGUUAACAGUAUAAAGGAAAAAAUGGAACAUAAUCAGCAGUUGGUUUUUCAAACGAAACAUUUACCUGACCUUCAGUCUUACAGAAUCUUGAAAUACAUAGUGAAUUAUGGUGCAGGAAUGUUCGGAGAAGAUCACACAAAAGCUAUUCGAAUGCAUCAAAACAGGUUCGAAACCAAAUAAUUUGAAUUGUAGCUAUUUAAUCUAGGCGUCCAACGAACGAAUUCAAUUCUAAAGUACUCAGCACGUUGAGACAGAUAUGCCGCGAAUGGUCGAGUGAAGGAGAACCAGAAAGAACCGCAACAUUUCUUCCUAUAGUCGAAGAGUUGAAUCGAAUUUAUCCCAAAAAUGUUUCUGCUCGACAUGAAAUCAGAAUAUUAGUUCCCGGUUGCGGCCUAGGAAGACUUGCUCAUGACUUGAUAGAUGAAGGUUACUCCGUCCAAGGAAACGAGUUCAGCUUCUUUAUGCUUCUCACUUCAUUCUUCAUUUUAAAUGCGUGUAAAGAGGUUAGACUCCAAGGCUGAGCCAAUGGUCAGCAAUCAGAUUUCUGCGGAAUCCGCAUUCUCGCAUCAGGUAUCCAAACGGCUUCGGACGGGGGUGGUCCCGUCGAGUGGUACCAAUGGGUGCUAACGUAACACGUCUUCGGAACACCAAAAUGCGUUUCUUUUAAUAGUUGCUAAAAAGUAUACUCAAUUUACCGCUCUUGCCCCCUCGGUGUUUGCAGACUCAAGCCUAAUUUCAGGAAAUUUUGGCUUGCGUCAGCAAGCAGCGAGAGGCAUUAGCGAUAACUUGAGUUCAUCGCAUUUUUGUGUUGCCAUAGCAACAUUUGCGUAGAACUUUGAUUAAGGCAUGUUUCUAAAGUUAUUGUUAUAACAGGUCAACCAAUACACAAUCUAUCCGUUCAUAUUUGAAAAAAGCAACUGUUGGAGAUAUGAGGACCGACUCCGUCCAGUUUCGUUCCCUGACAAACUUCUUCGAGCACAACAAUCAUCUCGUUCCAAUUCUUUCUCCAUGUGCGCUGGAGAUUUUCUAGAUAUUGCCAAGGGCGCCAGCUUCUCUGUAGUAGUUACUGCCUGGUUCAUUGACACAGCUCAUAAUGUCAUUGAAUACAUAGGUCAGAUAUAGUUUUCUAUUCACCACGGCGUGUUGAAGCGUAUGUGCGAAAUACAAUUAAUUUCCCGGCAAACACCGCUCAGGUAUCCAAACAGCUUUGGACGGGGGUGGACUCGUUUGAUAGUACCAAGGGUAGGCUGGUCGAACAGGCGCCUGUUUUUUCAACGGGCCGCCGCGUCUCUGCGUUGAGAAAACAGGCGCCUGAAAUCGCCUGUUCGACUAGCCUAACCAAGAGAUAUGUGGAAUGGUAUGGGAACAAUUUUUUUACUUCUGUCUCAUGGUGCCCUGUCCAGACCCUUGUCCUUGUCUCGUGGUGACCUUCGCCCGUGUCCUUAAUUUUUGGAUACCUGAACACCGCUCGCUUGAAUUUGCUGCGCGGUGACUCAGUUGUGCUGGUCCGCAUAAUGCCAGUGCAAUUUUCGCAAUAGAGCACACUUGCGGCAACACGCCUUAAAACUUUAAAAAAUUGAGAGGCCGAAGACUACGUGAGAAAGGUUCUGAUUCGGUUUUCAAAAUUUGUUUCGAAAAAAUUAUCGAAAAUUUGACAAAAAUCUAUUUUUCGAAAACUUUUAUGAAAAGGCACAUGUGACUGCCGAAUUAGUAUUUAAGACACGGCUUCAAUGGUGUCAUUUUUUUAAAAUUCAGUAUUAUAGGGGCACCGAACAGAAAUGGCGCUAUGUUGAGAAACUCUUUUUGCAGUGCAAAUCGAGAGUCCGUGGCAAAAGGUCGGAAAACCAAAAAGGUCGGGAGCCAAAAGGUCGGAAUGACAAAAGAUCGGAAAAAAUGCCAAAAGGUUGAAAAAAAAUGUCAAAAGAUCGGAAACAAAGUGACAAAAUGUCGGAAAAAAACACGUAUUUUAGCAGUUUUUCCGACCUUUUGGCAUUUUUUCCGACCUUUUGUCACUUUUUUCAGACCUUUUGUCACUUUUUUCCGACCUUUUGUCAUUUUUUUCCGAUCUUUGAGCAUUUUUUUCCAACCUUUUGGCAUUUUUUUCCAACCUUUUGGCAUUUUUUUCCGACACUUUCACUUUUUUCCGACCUUUUGUCACUUUUUUUCAACCUUUUGGCUUUCCGACCUUUUGUCUUCCGACCUUUUUGGUUUUCCGACCUUUUGUCACGGACUCCAAAUUGAGCGACCUCGGGGCCGAAUUUGAAAAAUUAGGCCACAUUUUCAAUGGAAAAUUACUUCUCGGCCUAGAAAUUCGGCCAGAUUACGAACAGCGCGCCCUUUCUGUCCGGUGCACCUAUAAUAAAAGUGAUUAAAUUAUUUGAGCUCUGGCAUCGCAUUUCCCCAUCAUAUUUAAGUAGGGACAGCAGUCAGCUAAAAAGUUCAUAUCUCUGCUAAAUCGACCCUUAUCUGAUCAGAGAGAUUUUUUAAAAUACAUUUAUUGGAGAUUCGAAUUAAACUGCUAGUAUUUUGUCGCUGCGUAUCGACUCAUUUGCGUGUUAAAGGAGUACGGUUUGCGAUACAGAGUGAUAAAAACGGGCGCGAGCAUGUUCACAAAUGUUCGCCGUGAGAACCGGGACCGAUCACGCCACGCCAGGUCCAUGCUAACUCUCGGAUCAGAUAAGGAUCGAUUUAGCAGAGAUGUCACACUGUCUCCCACGGCGCGAAUGAUUUCAAUGGGGCGCACUUGCAACAGGCGGGUUGUGUCGAUUUACGCGGCGGCAGAUUAAUUAAUUUUCAACGGGAGUUCGCGUUCUUUCCAUGUUUUCUAUACAAUACACCUAUUUUUUAUGCGCCUGGAACCUGGAUUCGAAUAAUUAGAGCACUAGCUACAUUUUGGUAACAGAAAUCUCACAUAUCGUUGAGAAUUAGCCGAGUUAUUUCGAUUUGAAAGUUUUGGCCUGGAUUUUGAUGUUUUUCGAAUAGUUUUCGAAAACUGCUCAAGAAAACUAACCGCUGGAACCUAAAUUUUGUGAAGAAAGAUUCAGCGAACACGUUUAUCGUUCGUUGGGCUCAUGAAAUGCAAAAUGAGCUGAAAUAUAAAGGUUUGAAGUUUUGACGAAAUGCGAGAAAGACGCUAAAAACAUGAAAAACUCUAAAUUCUGUAAAGAACGGUUUUCAAUCAGUAAAAUAUUGUUUUCUAGACGUUUUUCAAGUCAAAAAGAAAGAAACUGAAUUUUCGAAUUGAACUGAAUUUUCAGAACUGCAAAUUUUCAAAAGUUACAACGACACUCCGCAAUUUACGAGCGCACUGUGUUUAGCAUUAGCGCCCUGGGAGACCGUGUGUCAUGCCCCGUUUUCCACUUCUGGUAGCCGCAGACGGGGCGCGUGUGUCACGUAGUCUUCGGAAUCCGUGUUCUAGCUUUUUGAAAUUUAUCGUUAUAUAUUAUUUUUUACAGAUGCUAUUUUUAACUGCCUUCCGUGUGGUGGUAUUUGGAUAAAUGUCGGUCCUUUGACAUGGCACUAUGAAGGGAUUCAAAAUGACAUGUCUAUUGAAUUACCGUAUUCUGAGAUCAUGCGGCUCAUUACAUUGAAGGGCUUUGA